AUGGCGAUGACAAAUACCUCCUCUGUUUCGGCUUCGUCUACUCGUUCGAAUCCUAUUGAUUUCAAUGACCAUUACUAUCUAGAUCGGAGUGAUAGUAUGAGUCUUACUCUGGUUUCAACUCGUCUCACUGGACCGGAGAACUACAAUGCCUGGCAUCGUUCCUUUUCUAUGGCAUUGGAAGGCCGAAACAAGCUUGGAUUUGUUGACGGAUCAAUUGCUCAACCUGUUGAAGACCAUCCUGACUUCAAGCUUUGGUCUCGCAACAAUGUUGUGGUAGGUUCUUGGAUUAUGAAUUCUGUAUCUGAAGAUAUUGCUGAAAGUCUUCUAUAUGUUCAUGACGCUCGAGCGAUGUGGUUAAAUCUACAUAAUCGGUUUCAACAAAAUAAUGCACCAAGGCGUUAUAGUGUUAAGGAGAAAUUACGUUCGCUAGAACAAGGAUCAAUGGAUGUUAAUCUGUUCUAUACGAAAAUGCUUUCCAUAUGGGAAGAAAUGAAGUCUAUCAAGGCUUCUCCAAUGUGCAAGUGUGGAAGAUGCACUUGCAGCGUGAACAAGCAAUGGAAUGAAGUUUUUGAAAGUGAUUUUGUUUUGGACUUUCUCUUUGGACUUAAUGAGUCUUAUGAAGCUAUUCGAGGUCAAAUUUUGAUGCUCGAACCUCUUCCAGAUCUUCAGAAGACGUUUAACUUGAUCAUUCAGCAUACACAGCAACGUUUGAUCAAGAAACCUGUUUCAGAUACUCCAGUUUUUCAAGUAUCUGCUCCAGCAGAGCAACAGAAUUUGGUUGCAGCUGCAUCUGCUGGGAAUUUUAAACCGAAACAACGCCCACUGUGUUCUCAUUGUGGUCUGUAUGGACACACAAUACAGAAGUGUUAUAAGCUACAUGGAUAUCCUCCAGGCUAUAAACAAUCUUCUGCACCACCGAAGCAACAAUUCAAUGCUUCAAAACCAUCACAGAGUGUUUCAUGUUCUCAAGGUUCGAGGUUUACUCCACUUCAGCCUCAGUACAAUCAGCAGAAUCCUCUGAAUCAGAAUGUGAUUGCAUCAGUUCAAGCUAAUGUUGAGAACUCGGCUACUCAGUCUCAGAUUGAUGCAUUGUCAUCUUCUGACCUACAGCAGUUGUUUGAGCAAAUUGCUAACAAAUUGCAUGUUUCUAAGCCUACAAUCACAUCUUCGGGUGCUCCAGAGAAUUCUGCAUCAAUAUCUGGUUACAGAUAUUUUUUAAUAAUUGUCGAUGAUGCUUCUCGUUCUACUUGGAUAUACAUGCUGCGUUUUAAGAGUGAUGUGAUGCACAUCUUCCCGGCUUUUGUUACAUUGAUUGAGAAUCAGUUUCAAAAAGUAAUCAAAGCAAUAAGGUCUGAUAAUGCACCCGAGUUGUCUUUUAAGGACUUGUGUUUGCAGAAAGGGAUUGUACAUUACUUCUCUUGUGCAUACACACCUGAGCAAAAUUCAGUUGUUGAGAGGAAGCACCAACACAUUCUAAAUGUGGCGAGAUCAUUGAUGUUUCAAUCGAAUGUGCCAGCUGAAUACUGGAGUGAUUGUGUCAGAUGUGCUAUCUAUUUGAUCAACAGGCUUCCUUCUCCAGUUCUGCAAGAGAAAACUCCGUAUGAGGUACUUUAUGAUAAACCUCCUGCUUAUGAGCAUUUGAGAGCUUUUGGUUGUCUGUGUUACAGUUCAACCAAUUUGAAAGAUCGACACAAAUUCUCUGUCAGAGCUAGAGCUGCUGUUUUUAUUGGAUACCCUCAAGGUUAUAAGGGAUACAAAUUACUUGACCCUGUAACUCAAGAGGUUUAUGUUUCCAGGCAUGUGAUUUUCCAUGAGGACAUUUUUCCAUUCCUUUCACAACCAAACUACUCAGAAUUUUCUAACAAUUCUGUUUCUUCUCAGCCUAUCCCUUUACCAAUAUUUCCACCAAACUCAACUACAGUAUAUCAAACUGUAGCUCCUUCUGUAGAAACUCCUUCUACAGUCGAAUCUCCACAUUUGAUCCAAACUCACCCUACUACAGAACAUCAAACUGUAGCACCUUCUGCAGAAACUCCUUCUGCUGGAAAUCUUCCUGUUUUUCCUGAGCAAAGACCUGAGUCUAGACCUAAACGUAAUGUCAAGGCUCCAGGUUAUUUGUCUCAAUACUAUUGUAAUUCAACCCAUCAUGAUUCUCAAGCCAUAUUUUCCACUCCUUACCCUAUGUCAUCUGUUUUGACAUAUGACCAUAUUUCUCCAGAAUACAAACAAUUUCUUCUGAACCUACAUACUGAUAUUGAACCAAAAUCAUUCAAAGAAGCCAUUUUAUCUCCACAGUGGACACAAGCCAUGGAAACAGAAAUACAGGCUCUGACAGACAACGGAACAUGGAGCAUUGUAUCCUUGCCUCAGUCGAAGAAGCCUGUAGGUUGUAAAUGGGUGUACAAGGUUAAAAGAAAUUCAGAUGGAACUGUUGAAAGGUACAAGGCACGCCUUGUUGCCAAAGGUUUCACACAGCAAGAGGGUAUUGAUUAUGAAGAUACAUUUUCUCCAGUGGCGAAGUUAGUGACAGUUAAAUUGCUGUUGGCAUUGGCAGCAAUCAAAAACUGGUCUUUGACUCAAAUGGAUGUAACUAAUGCAUUUUUACAUGGAGAUCUUGAUGAGGACAUCUAUAUGUCCUUACCACCUGGAUAUACUCCUCCUGUUGGUCAGAAUUUACCCAAGAAUGCAGUGUGCAAGCUUCAGAAAAGUUUAUAUGGGCUGAAACAGGCGUCGCGACAGUGGUAUCGAAAAUUUUCUUCUGUUUUGAUCAACUCUGGUUUUACUCAGUCUCAAGCAGAUCAUACUUUGUUUGUCAAGAAGCAAGGUGAUGUGUUUACAGCCUUAUUGGUUUAUGUUGAUGACAUUGUGAUUGCUGGAAAUGAUGAUAGAGCUGUGCAAAAUCUGAAAGAUACCUUGAAUCAGCAUUUUAACAUCAAGGAUCUAGGACCUUUGCGCUAUUUCUUAGGUCUGGAGAUUGCGAGGAGCUCGAAGGGAAUUGCUCUUUGUCAAAGGAAAUACUGUCUGGAGUUGCUAAAUGAUACCGGUUUAAGUGGCUGUAAAUCUGUCUCGGUACCUAUGGAUCCCAAUGUUCAUUUGCGUCAUGAUUCAGGACAGUUUCUGUCAGAUCCGACUCCUUACAGAGCCUUGAUAGGGAGAUUGCUUUAUCUUACUAUAACAAGGCCAGAUAUUACGUUUCCAGUACAUAAGCUUAGUCAGUUCCUUGCUAAGCCUACUGAAGAGCAUCUCAAAGCAGCACACAGGAUUGUUAGGUACUUGAAAAGCAAUCCUGGACAGGGUCUAUAUUAUGCUGCGGAUUCUGAGCUUCGGUUGAAUGCUUUUGCUGAUGCGGAUUGGGCUACAUGUCCAGAUACUCGGCGUUCUGUCACUGGCUUUUGCAUAUUUCUUGGACAAUCUCUGAUUUCGUUCAAAUCAAAGAAACAAAAUACUAUUUCCAGAAGUAGCACUGAAGCAGAGUAUCGUGCAUUAGCAAACACGACGUGUGAAGUGGUUUGGCUUGUUCAUUUGCUGUCUGAUUUGCAAGUUUCGCAUCAACAGCCAGCAAAUCUCUUUUGUGAUAACAAAUCUGCUUUGUAUAUUGCUUCCAAUCAGAUCGAAUUGGCGAAGAUACUGUUGGAGAACAGGCAGAGUCAUCUGUUUCAGCACUGGCCCCAUCCCGGCGUCGAUGACGAUGAGAAGCGAGCUUUUUUCGAUCAGAUUGCUCGCCUGAAUUCAAGCUACCCUGGAGGUUUAGCGGCUUAUAUCAAAACUGCGAGGGAGCUUCUUGCAGAUUCGAAAGCUGGGAAGAAUCCAUAUGAUGGUUUCACACCUUCUGUUCCUUCAGGAGAAAACUUGACUUUUGGCGAUGGUAACUUUAUGGAACUCGAGGAAACCGGUGUCAAGGAAGCUAGAACUGCUGCUUUUGUUCUUGUUGCUGGUGGGCUCGGUGAGCGUCUUGGAUACAAUGGAAUUAAGGUGGCACUUCCAAGGGAGACAACUACAGGGACAUGCUUCUUGCAGCACUAUAUUGAAUCUAUAUUGGCUCUUCAGGAAGCUAGCAACAAGGUUGCUGGAGUUGGAAGUGAAAAUGAUAUUCCUUUUGUUAUCAUGACAUCCGAUGAUACGCAUGCACGUACAUUGGAUCUGUUAGAGUCAAACUCAUACUUCGGGAUGAAACCCACUCAAGUACAUCUUCUAAAACAGGAAAAAGUUGCAUGUCUAGAUGAUAAUGACGCCAGGCUUGCACUAGACCCUCAUAACAAAUACAAGAUCCAGACAAAACCUCAUGGCCAUGGUGAUGUUCAUUCCCUUCUUUACUCCAGCGGCCUUCUGAAGAAAUGGCUUGACACUGGUUUAAGAUGGGUUUUGUUUUUCCAAGAUACAAAUGGACUCCUCUUCAAUGCAAUUCCAGCUUCUUUGGGUGUGAGUGCUACCAAACAAUACCAUGUUAAUUCUCUUGCUGUUCCUCGCAAAGCAAAGGAAGCUAUUGGAGGAAUCACCAGACUUACCCAUAAAGAUGGUCGAUCUAUGGUGAUCAAUGUGGAGUACAAUCAACUUGACCCUCUGCUUAGAGCAACUGGAUUCCCUGACGGCGACGUUAAUUGUGAGACUGGCUACUCACCUUUCCCAGGAAAUAUCAAUCAAUUAAUUCUGGAACUUGGUUCGUACUUGGAGGAGUUGAAGAAAACUGGAGGUGCCAUUAAGGAGUUUGUCAAUCCAAAAUACAAGGAUGCGAGCAAAACGGAAUUUAAAUCUUCAACCCGUCUGGAAUGCAUGAUGCAAGAUUAUCCAAAGACAUUGCCUCCAACGGCGAGGGUUGGAUUCACGGUAAUGGAUAUAUGGCUUGCUUAUGCACCUGUCAAGAACAAUCCUGAGGAUGCUGCUAAGGUACCAAAAGGAAACCCAUAUCACAGUGCAACUUCUGGAGAAAUGGCAAUCUAUCGUGCAAAUAGCCUUAUUCUUCGAAAGGCUGGAGCCAAAGUGGACGAUCCGGAGAAACAGGUUUUCAAUGGGCAAGAGGUUGAAGUUUGGCCUCGCAUCGUAUGGAAACCCAAAUGGGGAAUGGUUUUCUCUGAUGUCAAAAGCAAAGUCACUGGAAACUGCUCGGUGUCUUGGAGAUCAACAAUGGCAAUCAAGGGCCGGAAUGUAUAUAUUGAAGAUCUCUCCUUGGAUGGUGCUCUCAUCGUAGACUCCAUCGAUGAAGCAGAGGUAAAAGUGGGAGGCUCGGUCCAGAACAAGAGCUGGAUCAUCGAAAAUGUAGACUACAAAGAUACAUCUUUCCCAGAGGAAAUAAGAAUCAGAGGUUUCAGGUUCAACAAAAUCGAGCAACUCGAAAAGAAGUUCACUCAACCCGGGAAAUUCUCCCUCGUCGAGUGAUGAAUGAUUGAUUCUUUUAUACAAAGAAACCUCUCUGUUCAACGCAUCUUCAAUGCCAAAUAACCCUUAUGUCUCCAGGUCACAUUAUCUUCUUCUUAUUUCCUUUUCCAUAUCUUGAAUUCUCGAUUCUUUCUCACACCGUUGAGCAAGCCUUCGGUGUAAACGGGACUUCAUAUAGAAUAAGAGUAUCCUCCUCUGAUGUAUGUUAGUUAUAUUGGUGAGAAAAGCUUUGCAGAUUUCAUCUAUGGAGUUACUGGACGUGGUACUUUGUUC